GAAGGACUAACUUGCGGGUCGGCGACGGGACCGGGGUUCUUGCUUUGCUGCUGCGAAGAUGGAUGUGUAAUCUCCAACGUCAGGAUUCUUCGAGACCGGACCUCUUUUCUCCUGUACCGCUACCCUCCAAAGAUAUUCUGAGAUUUCUUGGAGAAAGGUUUACGUGCACUCCCUCAUCGGAGGAGCCAGGCAUCACCGGUCGGCGCUGAAGCGGGACCCUAAAUUUGCAUACACCGCUGAUCAAACCUUGCCUUUCUCCCCCAGCUCAAGAAUCUCCCGCCCGAAUUCAUCCGUUAUUGAUUUGGAAGCUGACAGAUAAGCCUCUUAAUUUUGAAGAGUCUUCCUUAAACACUUGCGAAUUCUUACACGUAGCAGUCUAAGUCACACUUCCUCCCACUUCUAAGCUUGCUUUAUCUCCCUCCUUCCAUUUUCUUGCCUUCCCAAACCUCGCUGGGCAGGUAAACCGUGAGGUAGUAGCUGCGUUGGUAUGGGAAGAGGAGGGGCACACACCCACGACAAAAUUUGGAAUAAUCCUCUCGAGGAACACGCACAAAAUAGAAACCUCAGCUGUUCUAGGCGAGGUCCUGCCUAGAGGCAGAGUUGGGGUGGGAGGAUGCUGUUGAGUGGCUCCCCCGUUCCUUCCUACCUCAAGCAACUUUGUUCUUGGAGAGUUUUCUGAUGGGUGGAUGAAAAUGAGAAUGUAAAUAUGGUUCUUCUUGGAAAGAGAUUAAUUUCACUAAUUAAAAAGGUGUGGGGAACGGAAGCUGGAUAUAAAUGUCAUUUCACUCCCUUGCUAAAUGUUUUCCAAUUGCCCCAAGGAGAAAGCCUACAUUUUCUAGGUCUUUCAAAGUUUGCUCAGGCUCUAGCAAGACAACUUUUACCAGCCUACCCCCACAACUCCAUUUCAUAAUAUUUCUGAACUACUUUAUGUUCCUUGAAAUCACCAAGCUCUCUCUCUUUUUAGGGAUUUUGCUUGUCCUUUAGGUCUCAGAUUUUUUCACUUCCUCCAAGAAGCUUUUCCUAACAGUACCUGGCAGUCAUAUAUAUGAAAACCUAUAAUCACAAUGCCAUAUAAAAAGUGGAGCGGCAGUUACAUAUGACUUGUUGUGAGGGUCAGACUUGAAAGUUAUCCGAAAAAACACAACUAAGAGGGAGCAGUGUAUUUAUUCCUAUUACAAUGACUGUACAUAUAUACGCCUAACAUUAGGAAGUUGAUGUCUCUUGCAGGGUGAGGAAACACUUUUGAACUGUGUUCAGGUUAAGUAGCACCAGCACUAGCCCUUUGCCUCCCUCUGGACUAGAGAAAGGUCAGCCUAUUGUUACUAUGUGAGGCCCCAGAAUUUCUAUGGGGGGAGGGGCAGGUAGGUGGAUUAGGGAUGGAAAUUGGUGAUGAUAGGGCUUGAAAAUGCAUCUUGCAUGUUAAAAUUUUAGUAUAUCUGAUGGACACUAAUGGGGGAGGGUCAAAACUGUCCCAAGGCCACCUUUGUCACUACCUCUGCUUCUCAUUCCUGCCCUUUGCCUGGCUUUCUAGAGAGAGCAGGAUGGGAGAUGGGGAGGCAUCUCGAGUUCCAAGGGUGAUGGGUGAUCAUGGAGGAACUACCAUUUAUUAAAGACCUACUACAUGCCAUUCAUCUGUACACAUCUCACUUAACCACCUAACUCCUCUGGAAGGCAUUAUUUAAUACAGCAGAGCAGUAAACAGCACCGUCUUUGGAAACAGGUAGAACGAAUUCUUUCUGGUUGUGCGAUCCCAGCCAAGUUUAGUCUAAGACUUUAGUUUCUUCAUCUGUAAAAUGAAGGUGUUGAUUCCUACACCAAAGGAUUGUUGGGAGUUCAGUAAGUAAUAAUACAGAAGAAAUAAAGAUGCAGGAUCAGGUUUAGUAAUUUGCUCAAGGUCAUACAACUUAGUAAGUGGCAGACCUGGGAUUCCGAUCCCAGUUUGGCUAAUCCUAUAGGCAGUGUUCUUUCCACUACCACUUUGUAACUGGGUAUAAUAAUUUUGGGCAAGUUUCCGUAAGUCCUCUGGUCCUCCGAUUCCUCGUAUAUAAAAUACAGAGUUCAUUCAUUAAACUCUUGUGUCAAGGUGUGCUCAUAUGGAGACUGCAGCUCCCGCCUCCUUCCCCUUUUCAUUCCACGUAGGUCAUUUAUCUUUAACUUCUGAAAAGGAGUCUGCAAGCACCUUACCAUGCGGGCCCAGUUGCACAAACCUACUUACUCAGAUACCCCUUUAUUUCCUCUUCUUUCCUUUUCCACCUAGGCUCCCGCCCCACCCAGCGCCAGGCCACGCCCUGGCGUGUGACGUCAGCACGCCUCGUGCGUCGCGUCGCGGCGCUCACUGGGGGCCCGGCUUUCGCCCGCUGCUGCCGCCGCCGCCGCCGGCCGCGGCUGCUCUCCCAAGAUGGCGGCUCCUCCGGGCGAGUACUUCAGCGUUGGGAGCCAGGUGUCGUGCCGGACGUGCCAGGAGCAGCGGCUGCAGGGCGAGGUGGUAGCCUUCGACUACCAGUCCAAAAUGCUGGCUUUAAAAUGUCCCUCUUCCAGUGGAAAGCCCAACCAUGCAGACAUCUUGCUCAUAAACUUACAGUAUGUUUCAGAAGUGGAAAUAAUUAAUGACCGAACAGAAACCCCUCCUCCCCUAGCUUCACUCAAUGUUAGUAAGCUUGCCAGCAAAGCACGGACAGAGAAGGAGGAGAAGCUGAGCCAGGCCUAUGCAAUCAGCGCUGGUGUUUCCCUAGAGGGCCAGCAGCUCUUCCAGACCAUACACAAGACCAUUAAAGACUGUAAAUGGCAAGAAAAAAACAUCGUAGUCAUGGAAGAAGUUGUUAUUACACCCCCAUAUCAAGUGGAAAACUGUAAAGGCAAAGAGGGGAGUGCACUGAGCCAUGUACGCAAAAUAGUUGAAAAACAUUUUAGAGACGUGGAAAGCCAAAAGAUACUGCAGCGUUCACAAGCCCAGCAACCACAGAAGGAGGCUGCCCUGUCAUCCUGAGUCCACACACACGGAGGACUCUUCCAGCAUCCAGCCAACGAGGCGGUGGUGGUGGCUUCGGCGGAGGCAGGCCGGGGGAGGGAAGGGAUCCUAUAUUUCCUGUUGGCUCUUGUUAACAAAGGGUCAGCAUUUCCAAAUCUUAGACUUGAACAAACAAAACACCCAACAAAAAAGAACAAGAGAAUAAUUUAAAAGUUGAAUCAUUACUUGACUAACAGACUUUGGUCCACCAUGUCCUUUUCACAGCCCCCUUCUGGAACAGUCACCUUGUUAAUUUUAUUUUUGAAAAUUCCUUUCCUGCUCUGCCCUUUCACCUCUGACUUUCCUAGUCUGUCCCUGCCAUUCUGUUUUUAUAAGUGGCUACACUUGCCUUCUGAGUGAUCGAAAGAAACUUUUACAUCUUCUCUUCCAAAAUAAAAGUAACAAGCUGACUGUGAUACUUAAGUUGAGACUAGAGCAGCAGACAGAGGUCUCACUUUAAAUUCGUCUUUUUUUUUUCUUUCUUUUUUUUUUUCUUUUUUUGCACAGGGCAUGGCUUGAAUUAGUUUUAUUUUUCUUAACUUUAAAUAUAUAUAUGAAAAUAUAUAUUAAAAUGUUCUCUAAAUAUUUUCUGCUUCUUGCAGGUCUCUUUUUACUAGAUCAUGGCCGCUCUUCCCACCUCAUCCCUUCGAAAAUAAAAACGUAUUACCCUCCCCACCUAUAGCCAGGCAACUAACUUGACAUGGUUCGCAGCAAGAAUCUUCUGCAGCACUUCUAGAGCCAGUGUUUGCAGGUGGGAUUCGGCUGUGAGGGUUCCUGAUGGCUUUUUAGUCUUUAACUGUGUGUAUGUACCAGUCUCACAUUGGGCCAGAACCUCAGGAUUCUCCCUCUGCCUUUUGUCUUACUUCAUGGUACUAGAAGAACUUCCUCACCACUCUCCCAUCUCCUAGAUGGGAGAGUCCGCUGCCCUGUCUCCCGUGCCCUCUGCAGGAAGAACUCUUUUGCAUGGCACGUCUCAGCUUCUCUUCGAAGGAUGAUUUUCUUCCAUAAGAAACCUGGAACCCACCUCUCCCGGUCUCUCUUGAAGUCUGUAUCCAGAGCCACUAGCCCAGGAGAAAGCUUGGGUGACCUAUAGUUUCUCUUCUCCCACCAACCUCCUGCUUUUAAUGCCCUUCCCCACCCCCCUUAAAUUUUACAAGCUUACGAUAGUUUGUAUGUGCUCAGCCGAUGGGCAGAAAACCUGGAGAGAACUUCUGGACUUUAGCCCACCAGUUUGUCUGGUUUGACUAACCUGCUGAGCCCGAAAACUGGCACGCGGUGCCCCUGUGCCUUCAGGGCAGUCCAGUGGGGCAGAGUGUGCCACCAGCUGAAUAUCAGGCACCUAGUGGGAAGUGGGUGAUGCUCAUGUGACUGGCUAGAGCUUUGGGGGUGGGGUGGGGGUUAACUACUAUCUUUUUGGCCAUGAUCUCUUUCCCCUUCCUUUUUUUUUUUUUAAUUAAAUAAAUGGAUCAAAAUUAAAUAAUUCAAGCCCUGCCUUCAAAAUGAAUUUUUUUUUUUUAGUAUUGUUUAGCAAAAACAAUAAAACCCAAAUUUUUUUAACCAUCA